CACACACCUGCGACUGCAACACCCCGUCGACUUCGAACUGCAGCUCGAGCUAGCUCUCUGAACUUCCGACGAUCACCGGCGGUCGCAGUGCCUGUUCCACGGUCGCCGCCGUUCAUGGAGCCCGUGUUCGCCGUCGCGCAAGAAUCGUCAGUGCCGCCACAGCAGCAGCCGCAUCGGUUGGGCGAGACGAUGCCGGUCCAGCGCGGGGGCUGGCGCCGCCCGGCACGCUGCGCGCUCGCCGUGGCCCUCUUCCUCGUCGUGACCGGCAACUUCGCGUUCGCGGCGUACCGCGCGCGCCACCGCUCCCGCGACCUCUCGUUCGUGCUCGUCGCAUACUUCCUCCUCGCCCUGCUCGUGUGCUGCGUCGCGAGGCUCGAGCAGCUGCGGCGGGACCCCGCCGCCAGGGUGGCCGAGCGGCGGUGGCUCAGGAUCGGGGUGUGGGGCGUCUCCGUGGCGCUGGCCAACACGUUCGCGUCCCGCGUCGCCGACGCCAUGCCGAGGCUGGCGCUGAAGCUUGUCGUCUGGGGGGUCACCGCGGUGGUCCUCGGACUCGGGUUCUACUUCCUUUUCUUCAGCAAAGACGCCGAUCGCUGCUCCGACGGGGAGCUCGGGCGUGGCCAAGCUGAUGCCGGCCGCCGGUCGGCGACGGCUUUGCACCAGCAGUCCCCGGAGGAGAAGGUCUAAUGCAUCAUGUGUUUAAGCCCGCGCGCAUGUACUGCUACAUCCUGGAAUUGGGAAAUCUCGCUAUUAUUCUAUUCUUUUGGCAUUUCAAAUAAUUGUGUACAUUCUUUCAUGAAACAAAGAUGUGAAUCUGUGAUGUAAUCCAGUUAACGUAGUUGUAUCUCCUUAUUGUCAAUAAAACUUAUUUUUCCAACUUUA